AUGACUUUGAAAGACACGUCCACCUUCACCGUAUUCAGAACCUUCGUCGUCGUCGCUUCUUGGACGCCGCCGCAGCUCGCCGUCGCAGCUCGCCGCCGCCUUCGCGUGUUGUUUGAGGUCGCCGGAUCCAGGUCUAAGUGGAUUGCAGAGGGUGAUCAAAACACUGGUUUUUUCCAUGCUUCUAUUAAUUGGAAGAGACGUGCAAACUCUAUAGUAGGCUUGCUGGUUGAUGGGGUUUGGGAGGAGAACCUGGAGCUUAUAAAGAAGGCGGAUGUGUUUUUCUUUGAGACAAAGUUUAAAUCAGAUAAUUGGGACCGACUGGUUCUGGAUGGGGUUCAGUUUAGGGUGCUCUCAGAGGCUGACAAUGCUAUGUUGGAUGAUUUUGUUAGAAAUGUGCUUGAAUUAUGGUCUAAGGGAGCGUGGCCUAAGGGGUCUAAUGCAUCUUUCAUUGUCCUUAUCCCGAAGGUGUCGUCACCUCAAAGUCUUGGUGAGUUCCGUCCGAUUUCUUUGAUUGGUUGCAUGUAUAAAGUGGUUUCUAAGUUGUUGGCUGGCCGGCUUAAACUUGUUCUCGGCAAAGUGAUUGAUGUUCGACAAUUUGCUUUUCUUGGAGGUAGAAAUAUGUUGGAUAGUGUGGUGGUAGCUAACGAGGUGGUUCAUGAAGCAAAAGUUCGUAAGAAGCCAACCAUUAUUUUUAAGGUAGAUUAUGAAAAAGCCUAUGAUUCGGUUCGGUGGGAUUUCUUGUUUUACAUGAUGCGGAGAAUGAACUUUGAGUGUUGGUUAAUGGCAGCCCAUGCAGUGAAUUUAAAAUGGAGAAGGGUUGAAUGGCUUGCUUCGUUUCUCUUUCUUAUUGUUGCUGAAGGGUUGAAUGGCUUAUUCAUGAAUGCGGUCAAAUUGGGUAAAUUUAAUGGUUUCAAGGUUGGUGAGAAGGAUUCUGUUGAGGUGUCAUUGUUACAGUUUGCUUAUGACACUAUUUUCAUUGGAGAAGCCAGUUUGCGGAAUACAGUGGUGAAUUUUCAUAAAAGCAAGCUGGCGGCUGUUUCGUUGGGGACUAGUGAGCUCUACCAUUUUGCAUCAAUUUUGCACUGUAAGAUGAUGAAAGUACCUUUUAUUUAUCUGGGUAUCCCGGUUGGGGGUUGUACACGGCGUCAUAAAACUUGGGAGCCAGUUAUCCAGAAGAUGCCGUCAGGUGUUGUAAACACUUGUAACAGUAUUAUGAGGGAGUUUUUGUGGGGUGGUGGGGGAGAAGUGAGGAAGAUUGCUUGGGUUAGUUGGACUUCAAUUUGUAAGCCUAAAGAGGUUGGCGGUCUUGGAAUAAAAGAUUUAUCUAUAUUUAACAAAUCCCUGUUAGGCAAAUGGAGGUGGAGGUAUUUGAAUGAGCCAGAUAGCUUCUGGUGUCGGGUUAUUAAGGCUAAAUAUUUUGGAAAUAAUGCUAUGCAAGAGUCUUUGUGGUGGCGGGAUGUGAUGGCUUCUUCUUGUGACGAGGAUGGUGAUUGGCUUGACCUGGGGGCACAGAAGACUGUAAAGGGAGGGAAUAAGACAAAAUUUUGGCUUGAUGAUUGGGUGGGCAAUGGACGGAGUUUGGUGUUGGAACUUGAAGUGGAGGAGGCCACUGGUGGGAAGGGAGCUGCAGUGGCUUACUGGGAUGCACCGGUGUUGUUACCUCCUGAUCCGGUUUAUAAUCGGGUUUGGAAGGCGCUGACCCCAUCAAAUGUUAAGGCCUUUUCAUGGAGACUGCUUCUUGACAUAAUUCCUUCCCUCAUGAACCUGUGGAAACGCAAGGUGUUACUGUCUAGUGAGGAAGCAAUUUGUAAGGAAAUGGUGGAUCCUGCUGUGCGAGGGGUGAUGGUGGCACAGCCUGCUGGGGGUGGUGGUGGUGAUGGCAGCUUCUCCUCCUAA